UCGUGACGCGGCGCGCAAGCGUCUACGUCGCGCCAACCACAUGGCGCCAACGACCCCGGGCUGCCUGAAGGAGAGCGUGCUCGUGCUGCGCAACGGCGUCGUCUUGCCGAUUCGGCGACCCGAGAAGAGGAACAUGCCCGCAACGCUGCGCGCAGGAGACGGCGCAUACCCGACGACACUGGUCGCAACGAAGGCGCACGAGGGUUCCACGGUGUCUACGCGAGGUUCUCUCCGAGAUUUCGGAGUUCAAGUCGACGGCUGCCCCGGCGUCGUGUGCGCCCGUCGCGUCGACUCGGGAGCUGAUGGAGUUGCCACAUAAGUAAGGAACGACGUAGCCGCCUCCGUUUGGCCGUACGAUGUUUCGUUCACCACCCAAGAUCUGGAAAGCGUGGCGUUUAGUGCCAACGUGUGCACCGCAAAGACGGACGACGAGACGGGUCGUUGCCGCCGCGUACGUUCAAUCUGGCGCUUCCAACCGCGACGUAGAGGACCUUAUGAAUGACCACUUUGGAUGGCUGCUCGAUCCGGCCGAUGACGACCACACUCCAGUCCUUGUCGUUCGCGACUUCAACGUGGACGUGUCGCAACCAGAUGGCAAUUGGCUGCCUUUGUUUGUGCUCGAAACGGUUUGGACUACAGUGAUGCAGUGAUCCCAAGGUGCCAACGACCAUGAUGUGCUGGUGUUUGGACCUAAUCUUCGCCAAGAACCUGUCCAUCGGCGUCACCUAACCCUUGACCGUCUACCAUAGCGACCAAAAAUCUAUAGUAACUUGAGUGAGAUAACAAACAACACCGAAAUAUUUUUGUAUCUGUGGGUUUCAUAUUUAGAUAAAACAUGGGUACAGCUUCGCUGGUCAUCCCCCUUCAUAGAUUGGAAUGGCUUCCGAAUUUGUUUCCACUCACGGUUGAUUUUGUGUUACCGUUUGGCAGGGAAGAGAAUGAGUGUGGUAUGGGACUGAUAAUUUCCUGUAUUAUCGGCAUCUUCUCUUCAGGAAAGUCGUGUGUCAAACCAUAGUUGAAAUCACGAAGACAUAGGAACUACUCUAUGCUCAAUUGUAUUGCCAAGUGCAUCUUUGCGAGGUCUCUAAGGAUACAUUGUAUGGAACUUCAAAUCACAAGUUAUGAAAAAGAUACGUGCUAAAAAAUAGUGUGGUAGAUGUAGCGUUUCUUUGUCAGGAGCUAGUCGGAAGUGGAGCAAACAUGAAGCAGUUUACAUAAGUUUAACGAUACAUGGCAAGAGGAUUACGAUCCUUCUUACUCUCGGGGAGGCUGACCCCUGAUCAGAAACUGUGCAUCCAUGCGAAGGAGGUAGCUCCAUAAUUGCUCGAUUUGAUGCUUCAUAAUGACGCUAGUGUAGUGCACGAUCCUGCUGACUGCCUUCGGUAUUCAAUCGCCUGUGCAGUGGAGCCAUGACAGCGUUCUGCCUGCCACCGUAACCAUGAGCGUUGUAAGCACGAUCAUUCGCGUUCAGGCAUAUCACGUGUGUGCCGACCACAACGUGCUGCCUGCAGUGGUCCGAGCGAACAGGAUAGUGCAAUGCAAGCUUGAAACCCUUAGGGCUUGCUUCUGUCUCAUCUGCUACGCAAAGUGAGUAGCGAUGCGUAGAAAAAGCUGGUGGCAGUGCCCCAUGCCAGCGCCGUGAGACGUGUAAUAACCUCCAGGACGCUCUUUCUGCAACCAAGAGGCAGUUGCAGGGUGUGCUGUAUACCGCCAACAAAUAGCCUCAACGUAUAAUUAGAACACAAUGUGGAGAUAUUCAGAUUUUCGAUUGUUGAGCUUUCGGUAUUAUAGACACAGAGAAUAAUACUUUUAUUGCGAUUAGGGCAGUCCACCUUCUUCUCAUGCAUGCAUUACUAGAAAAGUAUACACGAAUUCCUUCAGUAAAAUGGGGAAAACCUUGAUCGCAUGUAACAGAACUUUUGACUGUUUUCGUAUUUCUAACAUUGAGGAAAUCCCAGUGCUUACGAACAGAGACGCGCUGAAGACAUCGUUCCGCAGAUGGCUAGAGGCUUGAAAACCCUGCGUGGUGAUCUAGAUAUACAAGCGCCUUUCUAUUUCGUCCUUAUGCUCUACGAGCAAACACUAUCAAUAAAUUACGUCAUAGCACACAAAAACACGCAGAACUUCACGAGCUUCAUUGGACGGAUAGCCUCAUUAUGUGCUUGCCGGAUGCGACGUGGUGCAGUGGUCACGGUGCAACGAACUCAAAUUAGCGGGAAGGACGCCUCAAAUACCUCGUUUGUUGCCGACAAGGAACGUCAAGGAUGUAGCUAGGCUACAGUGGCGAUAUGCGGACAUGAACCAUAUCGCAAGAGAGCAGGACUCACGAGCACUCAAUUAGAAAGAUGGAAACGCAUGUAAUGUCGAAGUUGUCACCACAGGACGUAGUCCAUGAGUUUUAUGCAACUUGUUUUUAGGCGUCCGACACACUCGGUACGUAAUUCAGGUUGAUAAUGGAUGGUGAAAUCAGAUCGUCAGCGCUUAUAAAUGCUGCACUUCGCCGAAGUGGUUUCUAUUCCAGGUUCACACCAACCACAACGAAGGUCCUUGCAAAAAGGCUGGAACUAUAGAAUAACCAUUCUACUUCGCCGUUACUCCAAGAUGAGAGCUGGAAGAAGUGCUUGUGAAUAACCUGAGUGCCUCUAUCAGCACAUCUCGCACACGCACUUCACAAGAACUAAGCUGCAACGAAGUGAGAAAAUCUUGAAUCGAAAUGGCUGCCCUCGCCAUUUCUCUUGCAAUGCUCUCUAUGCUCCAACUUGGCAGCACAGCUCAGGACUACCCCAUGUUGGUUACAGCACGCUGCGACAACGCACCGGAUAUUGACUGGACAGGAACUAUAAAUUCCUACCUGCGGCGAAUACCAGAGACGAUCACCAUGCGAAGCAACAUGAGGGAGACCUGGAUACUGGGAUUCGAAUUCUCGAAGCCAGAACUGGCGGGCCUCGGAAGCCUGUGGGCCUACAAGCCAGCCCACAGCUUCUGCGCGAGCAACACCACCUUUCUUGAGGCUGUUGUUUUUGCCGAUGAUCCACUGCGCAUCACUUUGGACUGGAAGAGCUGUACCGGCGUCAGUGGGAAACUUGGAACAAGGAUCUCAAGCAGUCAGAUGCGCCUCUACUUCACCGCUAAGCCAACACCUGAAGGCCCCUACCGGCUGCAGCUUCACCACAUCAGAGUUGACAGCCUUGAGGACCCGCGUUUGUUCGCGACAGGAGUUAGCCCAGCAGUGCACAAUUUCCUGACUGUCCUCGAAAUCGCCGGGAUGCCGCACCUGCAGCUGUUUUGGAACAGGUUCCUUCGUGUGGACGCUUUAUUCUUUAUGCCUGACGCCCACUAGAUCCAAAGGAAUUCUGCCAAGGCAGGAACUUCACCUUUCAGAAAACAAGAAUUAAUAAAUCGUAGUCACUUUGGCUGUCACGAGCUGACAGCUGAGAAUUCUGUCAGAAGUAUUUUACAUAGUUUUUUCAUGAUUAUAGUUUCAUGGUUUUCAUGGUCAUGGUUUUCAUGGUUAAAAAAUAAACAAUGAAAUACUGCUACUAUUACUACGACUUAUCAAUGGCUGCAGCACGCAGUAAAGAGCACAGAAAAAGCAA